AUGCCCCGACUGCUGUGCCAUGAAAAAAAAGGUGGUGAUAACAGCUUAACUCCUGUUCGGCCGGCUGAUGAGAACAUUACAUUGAGGAAAAAGCAUGAUGAAUCGCCCGAGGACAAUCCACAUGCCGAGGUUAAGGAGCUCACAGAAGAAGUUCGUCUUCUUACGCGAGAAAUAACUUCACUAAAGGAGCGCCUAGAAAGUGCCACAUCAUCUAUAUCAUGCUGUCAGGCAAGACUAGAGGAAUUAACGACUUCAAUAGCCACCAAUGACUUUAGAAUAAAGAGUCUGGAAAAUCGAGAUAAGGAGGUUAAGUUACUUGAAAACAAGGUAUUGGAACAGCAACAAGAAAUAAAUACCCAAUCGCAACAACAACUGUGCAACGAAUUAGAGCUGGCGGGUAUCCCCGAAUCAAACAACGAAAACCUGCACCACAUUGCACUACUAGCUGCGAAAAAGGUAGGACCUGGCUGA